CUCGGGGUUGAAGGGACGCGGCAGGACAGGAGCCUCCACACCCCGCGCGAUGCGAGAGGGCAGCAUGCGGCCAGCGGGGCGGGCUGUGCGCGCCGCGGAGCGACUGGCUGCCGCAGCCCCCAGCGCCACGCGGGGGGAGACUGGAGCUGGGUGACCGGCCCUGCUUGCACUGGAGACGCGGCGCCGCUUCGCUUUCCCCACAGGGCCGCGGCUCCGCGUGGCCAACUUUCCCCGGCUGGCGCUGAAGCUUCCCGCCGCUGCUCAGCCCGGGGAGCGAGGGGCUCCGAUGGGAGGAUCGCUGGGAAGCCUGGCCCGCCGCUGACAGGUUGGCGACUUCUCCUUCUGUUCCAGCCCAGGCGCUGCGGGGCUGCCAGGAAUCCCCCAGCAGAACAGCGCUGGGGUUGGAGGGGCAGGAAGGGAAACCAGCUGCUGCCAGGGCUCUGCACAACGAGGCUCAGCUCCCCGCUGGCAGCCGGAGACGCACGUGUCCACGGGGGCCGUCCCGAAAGCCCCGAAUGUGCCUUUUAAACGAGCGGUUGUUGCAACUUCUCUGGCUGCUGAAUGCAGCUUCUGCCAGGCUCGCUGGCUCUCCGGAGAAACCCAUCUCCGCCGGCCGGCUUGCUGCUUGAGCAAUGCUCGCUUAAAGUUCAGAAAGUUGGCGGUCAGAGCUGUGUGUCGCAAGACGUGCGGGGAAAGUAGCGGGGGAAAGCGUCGAGCACCUGGGGCUGAGACGUGAGUAAGAGGUGACUGGUCUUGUUGUUGCCCGAAGUGAUUUUUCACUCUGGGAUGAUCGCUCUCCCCUUGGCUGGUAAGGCAAAGGUUGAACUCCCAGCCUGGGAGUUAUGUGUCAUGGGGAUCCCUGGAACUAGGCUUGCCAGCCCUCCAGGAUUUUCCUGGAGGCUCCGGCAAUUAAAGAUUAAUUUUUAAUUAAAGAUUAUGUCUUAAAUCUCCAGGAAUUCGUCCAACUAAAGUUGGCAACCCUACGGUGUGACUCACUCCAGCAUAUCCCGCAGAACCAUAAACAUCAGUUUAAAUAUAGGUAAAAUGAAGCGAUAGCUGGAAGUUGCGGCGUGUACCCAACCCGCGAUGCAGGCUGCCGCUGACAAGUCUGUUUUUCAGGCGCUGGAUGCGGGGCAGUAACUCGUGCACACUUCUGAAUAGGACCAACGCUAACAAACUUGAGGGAGCAAAAGGCUGAGCUGGUUACUCGGGUUGCACUAUUUAAAAAUGAUGAUACUUUGCAUUCACUUUCCCCUUGAUGUUUUCCAACAUUCGGAUUCACUCACUGGGAUUCAGACAUGGUUUCUGCCGCACAUAGCGCUUCCUGGACACAGGGCAGCAGAUUCCUCCUUCUCCUCCUCCAGUUGGUUUCUACUGCCUAAUCUAGCCCAUCUUUAUCUAGCGUUGUAGUAUAGGGAGACUACACAGGUUCGUUGUAUUAUGUCUAAUUGCUGGCCUGAGCCUGCCUUGCGUGAGUCGUCCCUGCUCACCUGACUUCAACAGGGCUCUGUCUUCAGUGUGGGAGGUCAAGUCAGCGCACAAGGGUUUGCAGGGCUGGCCCUGCCUAGCAAAUAAUGCCGAGAGGCGGUGAAGCUGCGGAGAGCCCUGGGAUCCAGGGCAGAGGGACGCUCCCGCACUUCGGAAGUCCUGCAAAGAGGCAGGCGUGAGGACUUGCGGGGUGGGUUGUGCGUGACUCUCCACCUGAACUGAUCGGCGGGAGGGGGAAGAGGAGGAUACGCAGUGGGCUCUGCUCGCCCUCUCCCCUGGGGAAGGGCACAGCGGCGGCUGGCUCCCCUCUUCAUGGGUACCUGACACCGAAGGCAGAGUGGGAAGCCCCGGAGUUGAUCCAGCUGGAGGGAGGGUGGAGAAGAGCAGUGGGAUGUUGGUCGAUCUCUGCGGAGCCGGCUGCAGGGAGGGAGGAGAAGGAGGGAGGGUCUGGAGGAGCGCGUAGAAACUUUUCACCUUUUGCAAACUUGUCGGUGUGCGCACAGCCCGAGCUGCUGCUCGCGUGAGAGGCAGAGGAAGGCGCCCAGCCGCUCUAUCGGUGCACGAUCCCGGGCACUCAGCGCAGAUGCCUUUUGAUUGUAUGACUGCUGAAAUGUAUUGAGUGCUCCAGCUACUUUUCCAACAAUGAACAGGUCAAAAUCACCAGUGCUGGAUGGAUUAGGAAACACGACCUGCAACGCACACAAAAAGAUUUCAGUAUUAUUUUCAAUAAUAUUCAUGACGGUGGGAAUUUUAUCCAACAGUCUUGCAAUAGCAAUUCUGAUGAAGGCAUAUCAGAGAUUUAGACAGAAAUCAAAAGCAUCCUUUUUGCUUUUUGCUAGUGGUUUGGUUAUCACCGAUCUUUUUGGCCAUCUCAUCAAUGGAACUAUUGCCGUGUUUGUGUAUGCCUCUGACAAAGACUGGAUUCGAUUUAAUCAAUCAAACAUUCUCUGCAGUGUUUUUGGCAUAUGUAUGGUAUUCUUUGGGCUGUGCCCUCUCUUUCUGGGCAGUGUGAUGGCUGUUGAACGUUGCAUUGGAGUUACUAAACCAAUAUUUCAUUCUACAAAAAUGACUUCUAAACAUGUAAAAAUGAUUUUGACUACGGUAUGUCUCUUUGCUGUUUUUAUAGCUUUGCUGCCUAUUCUUAGCUUUAGAGCAUAUCAAAUUCAAGCAUCGAGGACCUGGUGCUUCUAUAAAACAGAACAUAUUGAGGACUGGGAAGACCGAUUUUAUCUAUUACUUUUUUCUUGUCUUGGGUUACUGGCCCUUGCUGUUUCGUUCUUGUGCAAUGCUGUCACAGGAAUUACUCUCUUAAGAGUCAAAUUUAAAAGUCAACAAAGACAAGGCCGAUCUCAUCAUUUUGAAAUGAUCAUUCAGCUAUUGGCUAUAAUGUGUGUCUCUUGCAUUUGCUGGAGUCCAUUUCUGGUGACAAUGGCCAAUAUCGGAAUAAAUGAAGAUCGUUCAAUGGAAACCUGUGAAACAAUACUUGUCGUUCUCCGAAUGGCAACGUGGAAUCAAAUAUUAGAUCCCUGGGUAUACAUUCUUCUAAGGAAAGCUGUGCUGAAAACCCUCUACAAGAUUGCUAGGAGAUGCUGUGGAAUGCACAUCAUGAACUUGCAUAUGUGGGAACUCAGCUCCAUCAAGAAUUCUUUAAAGGUUGCAGCAAUUUCAGAGUCACCAGUUAGUUCCAAACAAAUAAAUCAACAGCCACUCAGCUCAACAGGGCAAUAAAAUCAAACACGGGGUAUGAAGAAAUAGUGGGGGUGUAAUGAUCACACACUGAGAACACCUUCAAAUUUGUUAGUCUUUGUUGUAAUAUGAGGGUAAGUGGUUUGGUACUUGUUUCAGAUUGUGAGUGGUUUGGUCUUAUUGUUUACCAGUUUGAUAUUGCUGUUCCAAGAUGUGCACUUGAGUAACUGUGAUCACUCUAAAAACACUUUUGGGUGAAAGUGUCUUUCAGAAAUGAGGUGUAAUCAGACAAGACAGAUUUCAGAGCGGAGUUAGUUCCAGCAGCAGCAAAAACACAAUCAUCCCGACUACAGAGCACAAUGGCGGAAACUGUUAAGCUGGGUUUCGUGAGGACAGAUGGUCACUAGCAUUAGGCUCAAGGAGCACGUGAGGAGAGGGUGGAGGGAAGAACGUGUUGGUUAGUAAUAGAGACGGUAAUCUUUAGUGUUAUAGUGGCACCUCAGUAGUUAAGUGUCUUCAUAGCUUUUUAAGGUCAGAAGCGAUAACUUUGAUCAUCUAGUCUGACCUCGUCCAUAACAUAGGACUCCUCUAAAUUAAUUUCUACUUCAAAUCCAAUAGCUAUGGUUAAACGAGAAUAUAUCUUUUUUUAAAAAAAAAUCCACUCUUGAUUUAAAAAUGUGCCGUAAUAGAGAAUCCACCACAACUCUUGGUAAGUUAUUCUGAUGGCUAAUUACCAUUCAGAUGUAAUUUCUAGUCUAAAUUUGUUCUAGUUUUAACUUUCAGACAUUGGAUCUUAUACUUUUGUCUGACAGAUUGAAGAGCCCUCUGUAUCAAAUUUCUGCUGCUCAUGUAGGUACUUAUAGACUGUGAUCAAGUCACCCCGUCCCUUCUCCUUGAGUCAUUUACUAUAAGGCAUGUUUUCCAAUCCUUUAAUCACCCUUGUGGCUUUUCUUUGAACCCUCUCCAAUAUUUCAACAGCUGUCUUAAAAUGUGUACACCAAACUGGAUACAGUAUUUCAGUAGCAGUUGCACCAGUGCCAAAUACAGAGGUAAUAUAACCUCUGUACUUCAUGUUCCUCUGCUUAUACUUUUGAGGAUCUCAUUAGCACUUGUGGCCACAGUGUUGCCCUGGGAGUUUGUGUUCAGCUGAUUAUCUGCGAUGAUCCCUCAGUCCUUUUCCAAUUCACUGCUUCCCCAGAUAGUCCCCCAUCCUGUAAGUAUGCUCUAUGGCCUUUGUUCUGAGAUGUACUGUAUGACUUUACGCUUUGCCAUGUUAAAAUGCCUGUUUGCUUUUACUGGUUUAUCAAGUGAUUCAGAUCACUCUGUAUCCGUGACCUGUCCUCUUCGUUAUUUACCAUGCUCCCAAUCUUUGUGUCGUCUGCAAAUUUGAUCAGUAAUGAUUUUGUCUUCUUCCAGGUCACUGAUAAAAAUGUUUAACUAGCAGAGGGUCAAGAAUGGAUCCUGGAAAGAUCCCACUAGAAACACACUCCCUCAAUGAUUGUUUCCUAUUUACAAUUACAUUUUCAGAUCUGUCAGGCAGUUUUAAACUCAUGUAGCAUGUAGGUUUAUAACUAGUCUGUUUAUACCACAUUCAAACUCGGCAUGUAGUUUCUGAGGACAGAUGAAAAUUUUGGGCCCAAUCCUGUAACACUUACUCGUAUGAGUACUCCCAUUGAGGUCCGUAGCAAACAAAUUUAGACCUAAACCCAUGUGAGCCUACGUAAAGAAUAAAGUUGAUCAAAAAACUGUAACACAUUUCUUGAAAGGUGUCACAGAUGCAUCUGCAAAAAUACAUAUAUAGCACACCUGUUUUGUCUGCAGAGGCCCAUGUUGGUGCAUGCAAACAAGAAUUUGCAUGAACAAAAUGGGCACCUAUGUGAGCAAAUGAAGGGUGUGGUUUGUGGGAGCAAGGAGUACUCUCAAUUUUUGCAGGUAUAUCUGUGCCUUCCUUUGCAAACUUAGAAUCCAAGGCUGAAGUGCUGAAUGCCUACAGUGGAAGUUGAGUACCUCGGUACCUAUGUGGAGGCUCUCCCAGUACCUUGCAAAGGGGCCCUUCACAAUAAAUUUUACCAUCCCAUUUUUAUAUAUAACCUGUAUGCUUAUUGUUGUUCACUCCUUUGAUAUCAAAGUACAGUGUAACUUUCAGUUCCAACUGUCUGAAUGUCAUUUGUUCAAUAUUAUGAAAAUAAAAAGUACAGUAAUCUACAUUCCUAUGUCAUUUAAGUAAUGCUACUAGUUGCAAAUUAUUACGUGCCGAGUAUCAGUUGAGUAUUUUGGAAGUCAUUGUACUAACACUAGUUACAGACAUUCAUUUUAUACUCUUAGGGGUAUUGUGCUCCCCCCAUUGAAGUCAGUGACAGAACUUCCCUUGACUUCAGUGAGAAUAGGAUCAGGCCAGUGGAAACUGUUGGAAUUCACACAGGAUUGUGCGGUCAAUCUGUGACAUUAUUAUGUAAUAGGCAAGCUUUCUUGAAGAGCAAGAGAUUGAUACGAAUGAUAGCAUUGUUAUGCAGUAUCUACUGAAUAUGAUCCAAAGGAGGAGAAUCUACAACUGCAGUCCCCAGUGUUAUCCUAAGUUGGAUGAAACACAUUGUAAGAAGUGGUUGAGUGUAGUGCAAAAAUAAUGAACUCUGCCAGGUGAUUGAAAGGUGUAUCCUUUCUCACAUUUUUCAGCAAAAGACAUGUGACUGGCUUGGACACAGAGAAGAUUACUAACCAAUGCACAUAAUCCAUCAAAGACAAAAAAGCACUUAUUAGUCUUAUCAUUGUAACAUAACUGAUCAUGCUUACUCUUCUCUUGUUUUUAGAAGGAAAUGAAUAAGGGAGAAGAAGCUCUGAUUUUGUGACUGCACUGUGUUAAUACCAAAAUGGUGGUAGGGUAGAGUUUAUAACAGGAAAGAGUUGCUUCUGGAUGGAAAACUAUAGUGUUCACUUCACCUACUUCACUUCAUAUAACUGUUCCACUUCCAAAUUGUUGGUCCAGAAUCAGUGCUGACACCUUCCCCAUGUGGUUGCAUUGAAAUGAAUGUAAGUAUGAUUUAGUGCUGAAUGUGGAUUCCUUACCAUACACAACCUGUUGUAAAUGUGUCAAAUAACGUAAAUAAGUUGUUCAUCCUUUUGGGGUGAGAAUUUUGCUUCAUCGGCUGCAGAAUAAUGUUACACUGAGAUGCUUGACAAGUGAAUGAAGCAUAUCUGCGUUCCAUUGUGUUGUGAAUAAAUAUAUCUUGUGUACUUUCAUACUGGCUGAAUUGUAAAAAGGUUUAACUUUAUAUGUAUAUGUGUUUUCAUAUAUUCUGUGUAUUGAUAUCUAUUGAAUGUAAAUUGUAGAGCCUCAUUAAAUUUAUUAAAACAAUA